AGAGCGCACAUCAUUUAGAAGAUCCCCCUGCUCUCGUGUGGAUUGGAGUACAGUGAUUGGGAUCCUCCUCCUACAGUCUCUCUCUACACGACUGCACAAGGAAGUUAUGAACAUCUUUCUACACACGGCGAUCCCCUUCCCCUCUCCUUUUGCUUUUCCCAAGAUCAGCAGUACAACCAUUUCGAAACCGGUUAAAGCUCGCGCUGCGGUUAUUUGCUUGGGGUUAGAAGGUCAUGAGAAUUCAAAGAUAUCUGAGGAAAUGCUGCAACCUGUGAAGAGCGUACAGGAAAAGAAACAUAAUGAUAUUUGGCAACUCUUCAACGAAGCAUGGCAGAACAUUAUGUUCUUGAACAACCAACGCAUGGUGGCCAUGGAGGAGCUGGACAAAAUGAAUAGGGAAAACAAGAUUCUGCUUGAUAGGAUAGAACAACUGGAGAUGAAAAAGCAGAACAGCUGUGGAAAAGAUAGAGUAUUUAUCAAGUCAGCCUUGCUGCUUAGGAUAGACUCAAUGGUCCUUACAGGCAUGAUAAGCACUGGGGAAGCAGCUGGAUUGAGAAUGAUGAUCCUUGAUUCGAAAGUUAGUGUAGCCGAUGAUUUCUCUGACAUACAUCAUAAAGACGAUGCUGAACUUCUGGCUGAACUCCACCACUUUUCAGACAAAUGCAAGAAGAAAUGUUUUCACAUCAUCCACGUUUGCACUGAAAUGGAACCAGUCAUCCCUGUUGGAUCUUUGGCAUCGUAUGUGACAGGGGUAUCCUGUGCGCUACAAAGGAAAGGUCAUUUCGUGGAGGUUGUUCUACCAAAGUAUGCAGGCUUGAUCCUCGAUGAAGUUCAAGGGUUAAGAGAAAUCGAGGCAGAGUUCUAUUCAUAUUUCAAUGGUCAAUUGCACAACAACAAAAUUUGGACAUGUGUUGUUCAUGGAAUUGGAAUCACUUUUAUACAACCUAUUUUUCAUUCAUCAUUCUUCAGCCGUGAGAGGGUAUACGGAUACGCAGAUGACUUUGAACGAUUUUCUUAUUUCUCCCGAGCUUCAUUGGAUUACAUAUUAAGAUCAGGAAAGCAGCCUGAUGUGAUACACAUACAUAACUGGCAAACUGCUAUUGUUGGGCCACUUUUCUGGGAUGUUUUCUCAAAUCAGGGACUUGGAGGUACUAGGAUAUUGUUGACGUGUCAUGGUCUUGAGUCUCAGUGUCUUGUGCAACCUGAUAAGCUAGCACUGUGUGGGCUUGAACCUUCUCAACUACUCCGUCCUGAUCGUUUGCAAGAUAACACCAAGACACAUUUGGUCAACAUUUUAAAGGGAGGAAUUGUUUACUCAAAUAAAGUUAUACUACUGUCAUCCAUCCAUUCAAAAGGUCUGAUUAUUCGGAGUUUGAGUCAUGGGUUGGAACCCACCUUAGCCAUUCACAAGGAUAAGUUGCUGGUUGCUCCUUGUGGUUUUGAUAACUCCAUCUGGAAUCCUUCCACGGACCACUACCUUCCACAAAGAUACAGCGCAGACGACAUGAAGGGGAAAGCAGUUUGCAAAGUUGCAUUGCAGAAGCACAUGGGGUUAUCUGAGAAUGCUUCUCUUGUUCUUGUCGGAUGCUUGUUUUCAGAAGUCUCAGAUGUUGAUCUGGACAACAUCAAGGCACUUGUUUGGAUAGCUUCUAAAAAAGGCGUUCAGUUUAUCUUUAUGGGGUUGAGCAAAAUUUCAAAAGUAAACAGGGCACUGGAAUCUUUUCAGGAAGAACUAAAGGAUGACAAUGUGAUAUUCAUAAAAGAAUACGAGGAAGCCAUGUCCCAUUUAAUCUUUGCAGGAUCAGAUGUUAUUUUAUGUCAAUCGUUUGAUGAUCCGGUGCUCCAAGUGCCGCUCAAGGCUAUUAGGUACGGAGCUGCUCCAGUUGCAACGAAUCUUAUUGAUAAGCAAUUCAGGCAGAUCAUAGAUCACGACUUUGAAAGGACCAACUUCUCACAGUACAUCAGUAAUACUUUCGGAAGUUUAUCUUUAAGCCAGGCGAUUGAUGAAAUUAAGAAACAUCCAACACAGUGGAGUAUGAAGAUAAUGGACGCGAUGACAAAGGACUUCUCGUGGGAUGCAGAGUGCUGUGAUAUACACAUUUCUGCUUACACAUCCAUAUCGAACUUAUGAAAGCGGUUCGAGUUUACAUGCUCAAAUGUGAUACGAGUUGGGGAUGGCUAUGUAAAUUGGAACAAGUAGAAAUGUUCACAAGUAGAAAUGUUCUUCUUUUCCCAAAUCAUGUUAGAUCCAAAAUGAAUAGAGAGAGAGAGAGAUAGCGCUUACUUGAUUAAAAUAUUUUAGAACUUACAAUCUGUUAUUGUUUUGAAAAAUAUAUUUCAUGUGCCAA